AUGUCGACGUCAACGAAGAGAUCAUCCACCCCAGGAACAGCUCGACAUAGAGACAUUCCUCUCCGUAGAAGCAUGACUCAACCAUCCUCACUUUUUCAUUCGUCUUCAAAAAGACAGCCAGUCCUCUCUUCUUCCAUGGCUGCAACCGAAGCACAAGUCAUUAAUGAUGAAAACUCUCCACCAAACAAGAUGUCGUCAACUUCCACUCAAAAAUCAUCCAACCACCAGGCAAGAAAAAGUCAGACCGUCUCACAACCUCUCAACAACAAAAAUGUUCAAGACAUUCAAACCCAUCAAGAACCAAAAGCUUCAAAAGUUCCCGCUCUGAAGCGAACCAACUCAACCAACAAUAUUCCGAAUGUUUCUUCUCAAAGUAUUUCAAGACUUCAUGAGGGCGGAAAGAAACUCAAUCUCACCAAGUUAAAAAGAGCUUCCUCUUACCGUAAAAGACCACUCGUUGAGAAAACAAUCAUGUACAAGACAUUGGAAGAAAUUUCCUCCACGAUGUUACCAAAGUUUAACUUGUUCAAAAAGACCUAUCUCUUAAAAUCGAUUCAUGAUAAUAUUUUCGGAAGCGAAACCUUCUUUAAAACACCAUUUGGUUUGGACAAGUAUGUACCCUUCACCUAUUGUGACGCAGUCGAUGAAGGAAAACCACUAAGGUUCAUUGAAGACUACUUGCAUGAACAAGUUCUUCCAACAGUUGCAAACUCAGUAGCGAGUACCAAUUCAUUCUCUUCCUAUCAGUCAUCUCAAUUCAUCUCAGAUGCAAAACGCAUCAUUGCUGCGUGUCUGAACGCAAAUGUUGACUUGGAAGAAAAGAAAAAUUCUGAUGAAACAAAAUCUGAGUCAGGAGAUGCCAUGUUUUUCAUCAAGAAUUCAUGCUCCGAUGCGAUUCGAGUGUUUUGUGAACGAAUUGGAUUGAGUGAAAUUUGUAAAAGCGUUAAAUUAGAGAAAGAACGCCCAGUGGUUCUGGUGUCUCCGAAUGAAACAGAUGAAAAUAUUCAAACAUGGAAAGAAACAGGAGCUCAAAUUGUCAUGAUUAAUAACGACGCACAGGGAAAUUUCAUCAUUGACGAACUCAUCAUGCUGCUGAAACGAUACAAAUAUUUAUCAUCAAAAUUAAUUAUUGUUGCCGUCAACAUGGUUUCUCCAAUCACUGGCGUUUAUGUGGAUGAGAAUGAAAUUUUGUCAUGGGCUCACGAGUACGGAGCACUUUGUUUUUUAAAUUACGAGUAUGCUUCUCCUUUUCUUUCGGUGGAUUUCAAUCCAAACACAGAUGUAAAAUUACAGAAAGACGCUCUUUACGUAGAUGCAAGCAAGUUGAUAGGAGGUUUGAAUUGUUCUGGAAUUUUAUUAAUGAAGAAGAAAUUAAUGACCAAGAAUGUUGUGACACACCGCUCUGUGGAUUUAAUUUCGAUCAUUCGAACAGCUUUGGUGUUGAAACUAAAAGACGAUGUUGGCCCAAAUAUCAUUCAACGACUCAAUCAAAGAUUUACAGAAAGAGCACUCAAAACAUGGUGCAACAACUCGAAUUUAUUCGUUUUGGGACCAACACGCAAAAGCAUGGAGGACGGAAAAGUUAAAAAGUUAGCAAUUUUUUCCUUUUUAAUUAGGCACCAAGAUCAAUAUUUGCAUCCUGGUUUUGUAAGCACGCUAUUGAAUGAUUUAUUUGGUAUUCAAACAAAGAGUGUCAUUUGUAGCGACAUGCACGGCCAACAGCUGUUAGGGUUAUCUCCAGAAAAGAUGAAAGAAAUUGAAAAUGCCAUUAGCGGACUAAACAACCAGAGCCAUUUGUCACAACUCAAACCAGGAUGGAAUACUCUUCAAAUCAAUUACUUUUUUGACGAUUCAACUGUGGACUUUGUUGUAAAAGCAAUUGAUUUUGUUGCGAAUAAUGGAUGGAAAUUUUUACCCUUUUACAUGUUCAAUGAGAAAACCAAUGAAUGGAAUCAUAGAAAGUUUGACAAGAGUGUCAAUCCAGUUCGUCUUUCAGGACUAUUUCAUGAAAACUUUACGAGCUAUCUCACUACACAUAGAAAGAAAUUAUCUGAUGUGACGUUUUCAAACGGUUCUUUGGAAUUCGCAAGCUCAAGCGGAGACCUUCACGACACUGAAACCGCAAAUGUGAUUUUCAAUUACAACACCCUCUUGUCAUCAGCAGAAAGUUUAUUGAGAGAGGCCUCCAAUAAUUUAUUUGCUCUUUAUCUCAACAUUGACUUGGAAUUGAAAUUACUUUUUGGAAGUGAAGAUUAUACACAAAGGAAUCAAUUCGAACAUUUGAGAUGGUUCUGUCUACCAUCAGAAGCACUCAUGGAUUUGAAAGGAAUUUCAAGAGUGAAAAAUCCCAACGGCCCUGUCUUUUCUCCAUUCCUUCCUAGUGCAGUCGGAACAAUACAACCUCCUUCACAAAAGAAAUGA